AUCAUGUUUUUGGUGCCGUUAUUGCCGUUUGUGGCGAUGAGCGCCGGCUUUCAUUGGCCGAUACAGCGGUUCAUGAAUUAUACGGGAGAUAUACUCAUCGGCGCUAUGUUUCCCAUCCAUGAGAGGCACCCGCUGUGGGAAUGCGGACACAUUCAGGACGAAGGGCUGCAACAAUUAGAGGCACUUCUCUUCACCAUCAAGAAGAUCAACGCCGAGAAGAAACUAUUACCGGGCAUUAAGUUGGGUGUAUUGGCAGUGGAUUCGUGCGAUAGUCCCGCCUAUGCGUUGGAACAGACCAUGGAUUUUAUAAAA